UACUUGGACGUUUUGUUUUUUCCUGCAAACACUUUUCUUGGGGAUUGGUAAUUAACAAUGGAAAAUGUUUCUUUCAAUACGAAAGAUGUUUCAUACAGAAAGAACGAUGAUAUCAAAUUGGCUUUGUCUAACUCAAACUUGUAGUAUUGUAUUCAAUUCUCCAACAAUAUAAAGUCGUAGUUAAGUUUGUAUAGUCUUAGGUAAAGCUAGCACUUCCUCUCCCCUUCCACGGCCAGCCCCACCAAAAUGGCCUUCGAAGAAGAACCACAGCCUCUCAAGAUUUACUUCAUUCCAUACCUUGCAGCUGGUCACAUGAUCCCCCUCGUAGACAUAGCCAUGCUCUUCGCCUCACACGGCCACCACACGACCAUCAUCACCACUCCCUCCAACGCCAAAACCCUUCCCACAACACCUAAUCACCACUUUCGAGUCCACACCUUCGACUUCCCCUCCCAAGAAGUGGGCCUCCCCGAUGGCGUUGAGAAUCUCACCGGUAGCACCGACCUGGAGUCCUCGUGGAAGAUCUACCAAGCCUCCGUCAUCCUCCGCAACAACAUUGAGGACUUUGUGGAGCAAAACCCGCCUGACUGCAUCGUUGCGGAUUUUUUAUACCCAUGGGUGGAAGACUUGGCAAACAAGCUUCACAUCCCUUGGCUAGUCUUCAACGGAUUCUCCCUCUUUGCCAUUUGUGCCAUGGAGGCCCUCAAAGCACACCCCAUUGUGGACGCUCACCCUUCCGGUUCGUUUGUAAUCCCCAAUUUUCCUCAUCACAUUACUAUUAACUCAGCACCGCCGCAAUUCUCCAAGGAGUUCAUGGAUCCUCUGCUCACAGUGGCGCUCAGAAGCCACGGCUUCAUCAUCAAUAGCUUCGCCGAGCUCGACGGAGAAGAGUACGUCAAUUACUACCACAAAACCAUCGGUCACAAGGCUUGGCACCUUGGCCCAGCCUCUCUUACUCGCCGCACCAAUAAAGAGAAAGCAGAGAGGGGGGAAAAGAGCGUGGUGAGUGUGCAUGAGUGUCUGAGUUGGCUCAACUCAAACCCGCCCAACUCGGUGCUCUACAUAUCCUUCGGUACCCUUUGUUAUUGGUCUGAUAAACAACUAUACGAGAUCGCAAGCGCUAUAGAAGCAUCCGGUUAUGGAUUCAUUUGGGUGGUUCCUGAGAAGAAAGGGAAUGAAGAAGAGAGCGAAGAGGAGCAGGAAAAGUGGCUGCCAAAGGGAUUUGAAGAGAGGAAUCGAGAGAAGGGGAUUAUCAUUAGGGGGUGGGCCCCGCAAGUGCUUAUCUUGGACAACCCUGCUGUUGGCGCGUUCAUCACACAUUGCGGGUGGAACUCAACGGUGGAGGCGGUUUGCGCGGGGGUUUCGAUGAUUACAUGGCCACUUCACAGCGAGCAAUACUACAAUGAGAAGCUGAUUACAGAGGUGAGGGGGAUCGGGGUGGAGGUGGGUGUGGCGGAAUGGAGAAUCUCUGCUUAUCGUGAAAAUGAGAAGUUAGUAAGCAAAGAUGUCAUUGAGAAGGCUGUGAGGAGACUAAUGGACGGUGGUGAUGAAGCUGAGCGAAUCAGACAGUGCGCUCAAGAGUACGGGAAAAAGGCUAGACAAGCUAUUCAAGAAGGUGGCUCAUCACAUAAGAAUUUAACGACCUUGAUUGAAGAACUUAAGCAAUUGAAAGCCUCCAAGUCUCUUCAAUAAUUGAGAUGCCACGACAUUAUUAUUUUCAUUACCAUAUAUAGUAUAAUAUAAUGUGAGCUUAAUGAAUAUACACUGUCAGUGCAAAAGUGUUUUACAUUAGCAUCCAAUAAUAUCUCUCCAAUUUGUCA